CUCCUCCUGCCCUGGAUCCGAGCUGGCUGCACCCCUGGGGUAAAUGCUGGAUUUCUGGUUGCUGGGUGUUUUAGUGAGUGUGGCUCAGCGGGCAGCAAAACCACCAGGACGACGGAUCGAUCCAACACUUUUUGGGAGUCUCGGAGGUAUCCUUCCUGCCAUUGCUUCGUCAUUCUUCUGUCCCCUGCAUCAGCCGACUUGACCUUUUCGUUAUUUCGUGACCGUUGAUCCGGGACUCUGAAUAGCGUUGGGAACGUUCUCCACACUGUUUUCAUGACUGCGGCCACCGCCUCCUUGACCACGGCUACAACGGCACAUCGUCAGUAAGAGGUGCAGGCAGGAGCAUCGCGCACACUUCUGGGCUCAAAAGAAGUGUAGGAUCAAGAGCGUACGAGGUUGCAACAAAAAAGGAUUUAGGUUGAGAGAAGAGCUGGACUAGUGACAGCUCCCAUCGCGACUUCCCGUGCUCAGUUCGUGGUAGACGUAGAAGGAGCCACGCUCAGGAGCGCACUUGCGCCUGUCUCCGCAGUCCUUUGGUCAGGAGGGCAGGAGCUCGUCACACAGCUGUCUAGCAUACACACGCGAUCUUGACGCCUCUCAUGGCCGCGCCGGUCAAUGGGCGCAACGGCCUGUCGAACGGUCACACAAACGGUGUUACGGCUUCGAUAAGUUCGCAGGAUUCACUGGUUGACGAAAUGUCGGGCACGGCUCUGGCAGAUCCGCCAAAGAGGCCUGAUGCGAAGCGCAAGGUGUCGAGCCCUUUGAUGCCUGCGUUCAUGGUCUCUGCUCCGGGCAAGGUCAUUGUAUAUGGCGAACAUGCCGUCGUUCAUGGCAAGGCUGCCAUUGCGGCCGCAAUAUCUCUUCGUUCCUACUUGCUCGUCACUUUCCUCUCCAAGUCGAAGCGCACAGUCUCACUGCGCUUCCCAGACAUCUCCUUGGAUCAUACCUGGAAUAUAGACGAUCUCCCCUGGGCCGCCUUCACGAGACCGGACAAGAAAAAGUACUACUAUGAUCUAGUCACGUCUCUUGAUGAAGACCUGCUCAAGUCGCUACAACCGCACAUUCAAUGCGUCUCCCCAGGCAUGCGCGAAGACGUGCGCAAGAUUCACCACUCCUCCGCUACCGCCUUCUUGUAUCUCUUCCUCUCGCUCGGCUCUCAGAAGAGCCCGCCGUGCGUGUACACUCUGCGCUCCACAAUUCCUAUUGCUGCCGGCCUCGGCAGCUCCGCGACCAUCGCGGUUUGUCUCAGCGCAGCGCUCCUCUUGCAGGUCCGCGCCUUGUCCGGCCCUCACCAGGACCAACCGCCGGACGAGUCUGAGAAGCAAAUUGAGCGAAUCAAUCGUUGGGCUUUCGUGGGUGAGAUGUGCAUUCACGGCAACCCCUCGGGUGUGGACAACACCGUGUCUUCGGGUGGGAAAGCCGUUCUGUUUCAACGCAAGGACUACACAAAACCCCCUCUUGUGAAACCCUUGCGAGACUUCCCCGAGCUACCGCUGCUACUGGUCAACACUCGUCAAUCGCGCAGCACGGCUGUCGAGGUCGGUAAGGUAGCCACCCUACGGAAGAAUCAUCCUGUCAUUGCGGAGCAUUUGCUCUCCGCGAUAGAUCAAGUGACACGUUCGGCCUACAACCUUAUCACUCAGGAUGACUUCGACCCCGACGAUCCCAAGAACCUCAAAUUCCUCGGCGAGCUCAUCACCGUCAACCACGGCCUGCUCGUUAGUCUGGGUGUCUCGCAUCCAAAGCUAGAACGGAUCCGAGCUCUUAUCGACCAUGCAGGAAUUGGAUGGACGAAACUCACUGGUGCCGGCGGUGGAGGCUGCGCAAUCACGAUUCUCAAGCCGGAGACAAUUGAGUCGGAUUCGCCCACUUCAGCCAACGAAACCCCGCGCUUCUCAAAUGGAAGGCAGACGCCCGGAGCAAAGAAAAAGCACAAAUCGAAGACGCUCGUGGAGCUCGAGCAGAAGCUUAAGGACGAAGGCUUCGAGCUGUUUGAGACGACGCUGGCGGGUGACGGCGUGGGUGUCUUGUGGCCAGCCGUAAUCCAGAAUGGCAGCGGCGAGGAGGGCGGCGAGGAGAUUGACCAAGAGAAGUUUUUGAACGCUGUUGGAAACGAAGGUAUCGAAGCUCUUGUUGGUGUGCAGGCUGCUGGGCAGUACAGCGAUGGGGAGAGGGAAGGGUGGAAGUUUUGGAGGCCGUGAUAACGUUUUUCUCGCGUGUAUGUUUGACGGAAUGGCACACUGAUAUUCGCACGCAAUGCCGUAGCUUCUAGCUUGUACUUCGUUUUGGGGACGAGCUGAGGUCCUUGUCUUGCAAUGAGAGGAGUGCUCAGAACCAGGUGGACCAAAGAAAAGGGUGUUGGGUCGUACUAUUACUAUUAAUUGCGCGAGCACCAUUUGCAUUUGUGUAUCAUACAUACUUAAUCCGCUAAUACAAAAGAAAUCAAAUGCUGAA